GGGAAAAGCACACACACGAAAGAAAGAGACUGUCUUCCACCCUCCGUCCCACUAUAUACAGUCCCAUAGGUCCACCCCCAGGCGCUGAUCUCAGCCCACCCUGCGUGCGCAUGGCUAAAGCGACCCGCGUAGCCCGCGCCUGAAGAGUCGAGCGUCCCGCCGACUCCAAACCCUCGAUCCAGGCUGCUCCGCGGGCUCGUCCUGCUAGCCUCUCCGUCUGGGCAGGCUCUCCGUCCAGGCCAGGACCCUCCGGCUCGGCUAGGGCUCUCUCCCCGCGUCGCUCCGGCCCUCUGACCGUUCCACUCCUUCCUGCUUCUGAUACCACUGUAACGACCGCGGGCUUCGGCACCGAAUGGAGAAGGCAUAGGAUUCAGGGAAUGGGGUUGAACAACACAUCAUCUUGGCCUCAUAUACAUGUUUAAUCCCUUCUGAAGCCAAUGUUAUGUAAUUUUGUGCUAAAACAGUAUUACUUUUUCGACAUUUAGCUGACCUUGGUAUAUUGAUUCAGAUUUUCAGUUGAACAAUGUAAACUGCAUUAGCAGAAGAUUAAAAUUCACAGCUACUGUACUUUGAAUGUGAGCUCCUUUGACUUGCAAUAGCAUUUAAACUUUUUAGAACCGAUUAAAUGACCAGUUCACAUUUUGUAAAUAUUGGCAUUUCCGAAUUGCAAAUGCGAAUAUUGUUAACAAUGGUUAAGUAUUUCUGAAACCAGUACUUUAUAAGGAGAAUUUAACUUUCGUGUCUGUACUUUAUACAGCACACACAAGAUUUUGUAAUACAGUCACACGGAUGACAUGGGAGUCAAUGUUUUGGGCCGUCAGUAAAUCGUGCUGAAAUGCAGCUACGAUAAAUUGGCAAUAUUGUUUUAGUAAAUUUUAUUGAACAAUAUCACUUUUCAAAAUAGCACACUAAUUACCAAUCACAGCGACACAUAUACUGCAGUACUGUAUAGUCACACAUCUGUCGGUCACCGUCUGUUCUGUCAAUAGUACCGCCUAGUCAUAUCCUAGAAUACACAGCUCACCUCUCUUUUGUUUCGCCUUAAAGCAUUUUUUUUAAUAAAAACGUUGUUCAAAAUUCACAUAAUUCUUUAAUUCACAGCAAAGUAUAAUGUGUGUUUAAAGGUUUGGUUAUUAACUAUACAUUGGCACCCUAUUUUUCUUUCGCUGCUCUAAGGUUACUUCGUCAUAUUUUCUAUUAUAGGCAGCAAAAAUUAUUAUUUAAAAAAAAUCUAGAUUUUUUUUGCACAAUUCACGUCACAGUGAAUUCAGUAAUACGGUUUUCAUCAUUUUCCCUUAACGCCACCAGAUGGAACAAUGCUCUAUGUAUUGAGGCAUUUUCCGUACAGUAGAUUCGUGCAUUGCAUGUCCUGUCCGUGUCUCUUCCUGAAUGGUUGAUUGGCACUUGUCUUGACCAAUCCGGUGGGAGUGUGUGAGGUGUUUGACCAAUUGCACUUGUGCAAGGGAGGCUGCUAUUGGUCCCCAGCUCAAAGGGAAAGUGUGUCCGGGCUGUGAAAGGUACUGUACAAGUAAGCAUCUGACAGAGGAUGAUUCAGCGUUGAACUGCCAUGGAAGAAGCCUGCUUUGUGGAAAAUUCAACCCUGCUUGGAAACAGUAACACUCACUAUGGCUGCCCUCAACGUAGCUACGGAGACCGAAAAGGCACGCGCUCUGCUCCAGACCUUCAGCACUGCCUCUGUCGUAGCCAGCACAGGACUGGGAAUGUUUUGCUUUUUCGCCGACAGGUUCUUGCAAUUGUCCUUUGUCCAGCAUCAUGACUGGUUCCGUGCCAUUUCGGACAAUGCCGUGCAUGGCAUAGUAGGCCUCUGGUCCUGGGCUAUCGUCAUCGGGCUCAGGAAGAGGAGUGACUUCUAUGAAGUUGUCUUGGCUGGGGUUCUGGCUUCCAUUAUCGACCUGGACCACUUUUUCUUGGCUGGCUCCCUCUCUCUAAAAGCUGCCCUGAACCUCCCCCAUAGGCCUCCCCUGCACUGUUCCUCUCUGAUUCCAGCACUGGCCUUCUCUCUCAAGUUCCUCAUGUGGGCGUGCCGGCUGAAGGACUCCUGGUGCUUCCUGCCCUGGAUGCUGUUCAUCUCCUUGGCCUCUCAUCAUGUGCGAGAUGGUGUGCGCCACGGCCUGUGGAUCUGUCCUUUUGGGAAUACCGCCCCCGUCCCUCACUGGCUCUACAUUGCCAUCACCACUACCUUACCUCACCUUUGCUCAGUGCUCAUGUACCUGACUGGCACCAGGGACAUGAUCUCCACAAAGCAUGGUAUUGCUAUAGACGUCUGAGGUGGCACCAAGCCAUUACUGCUCCACACAGUCUGUAUGUACUGUAUUGUAUUGGUGAACUGUAUGUGGUCUGCCUGUGUUAUCUCAUGAGAAUCUUGAUCUCUGAGUGUGACAGUUUUCACAAAACCACAUGAAGACCAGUGUUUCACAACCUGCCUGGAGGCCAGUGUUGAGGAAUAGUGAUUGGGCUUUUGGUUGCAAUUUGCUGUGAAGAAUGGGACUUGUGUUGUUUUAGCUUGAUAAUAAGUGAGUCCCCCGUGUGUUUUUAAGAGUAGUGCAUACUAAUGCCUCCUGGUUUAAGGCAUUUGUUUUUGAGCUUUUAACUUAUUUUGAGCUGCUGAAGGUUCAUAAUUUAAUCUGAAGAAAUUACUAAAAGGAACCAUGGUUUGGACCAUAGAGUUAUUCUUGCACGUUUUCUAAUGAUGGACAUUUAAAAUAUUCACAAGACCAGUUGAUUUCAUUUACUGGUGUGGGAAUAAAGUGUUUAAUUUCUGAUGAAUUCAGUCAUUUGUGUAUAUGCCUGCUUCACACCCCUACCCACUUCUCAUUAGUUUCUUGUUUUAUUAAUGUUGUUACUGUGUUCAUGGGAUAUUACGAUUUGUGUGUUCAUUGUGCACCAAGGCCUACUGUUUUGUGGGCUAAGAAGCAAAAUUACUUUCACUGUCACUACUGCUGUCCCACUGAGUAAUAUGACAUAGACCUGUGGUUUUAACACUGUACCAUAAAGGCCAGACGGAUCUAGGCUGUUAGUUUUCUAAUGAUUAAGAUUCAAUUUGUCCUCUGCACAUAUUUAUUUCUGCAUCUCAAUUCAAUCAAAUGGGAUUUUUAAAAAACUGUUUAAUAAUCAGAUUUGUUUGGGUGUAAGAAUAAAGAGGCUGUAGCUGAUAAGGUGUUCAUCUUUGUUCUGGAUAUUUGCACUGUAAAAUUGUAACUGGAAUAAAGUACAUGUCCAGGAUCUUUCC